AUGCGUCGCGGUAAUCACGUUAUCCGCUUCGCCAAGGCCAGAGGUUCGUCUCUCUGGGAUGUCGAAUAUAAUCGUAAGUAUGUGUCAGCUUGUCGUAAGCUUCUUCUCGAGACAGGUGAGUGCCCUAGAGAAGGCUUCGCUGAGCAGCAUAGGGGUGGGGAGUUGAUUGUUGGCCAAGCAUUGACCGGUUCUGAUUCCAGCCCUGUGGACGGCAUUGAUCUCGAUGACGUCACUGAAGAACAGUUGGUUGCGUGGAACAUCAUUUCCUUUUUGGGUGGUGGUAUUAGUGCAUGGAGUAAAGAAUUGGGCAAGUAA